AUGCGCGCGACGCGCGAGAAGAACGACGAUCCCCGGUCAUACGCGCUCGCGAGAGAGGACGAAGAGCGCUGGGCCGAGGCUGCCGAGCGCGUCGUCGCGUGGGACGAGGACUCGUUCUCUCUGUCCCUCCCCGGCGACUGCGGCGGCGCGUCGAAGCCGCGCGCCGCCGCGGACGAUCGAGCGACGACGCCGCCGUUCGCGCGGCGCUGGAGACGCGACGACGAGAGCGCGGCGAGUAGGCUCGCGGCGUACAUGCGCGCGACCGGCCGCCUCUCGAAGGCGGCGCCGCUCGAAGACGCCGUCGCCGCGACGUUUUUUUCGUCGGACGCUCACGCGACGCCGCGACGCGCGCGGUGCCGCGCGACGCUGACGACCCUCGACGGCGAGCGCCGCGUCGAGGACGGGCGGUGGGCGGCGACGGAGGACGACGCGAAGGAAGACGCGAUGCGAGCGCUGCUGGCGUGGAUGACGAUGCGGGACUCGACGGGGGUGCGUCCCAUACACUGGUUCCCGUACGCCCGCGUCGGCGCGAUGAACGCCGAUACUUGA